CCAACAAUACUGCCUUGGCAACGCGCCUCUCUCUCUCUCUCUCUCUCUCUAUCUCUAGCGCUUUUUCUCGAGCGGGUCAUCCGGUCUACUUUCCCGGUCACUGUCGCCGGAAAACGCACCGGAGAUCAAACUCUGACCACUCUCCGUCGAGAAACUCAAACUGUUCGAACCCUCUGAACCUCUGCUUUGGACCGUUGGAGACAGUGAGAGUGAUAGAGAACUCAAAAACUCAUAAUCAAAAGCCAACGAAAGGCCUCAAGACACAAAACCCAGACGCGUUCAUGGUGACACGGUGUCGUUUCACUGGAAGACCGACGAGACGACGCCGUUUGGCGUUGCGAUUUUGAAUUGGGAUAGGGGGCGUAGAUAGUUUGGGAUAUGGGGAAGGUGGCGGUGGGAUUGGCGGUUGGGGUGGCGGUGGCGGCUUGUGCGGUGGCGACGGUGGUGGUCGGUCGAAGAAUAAGGAGCAGACGGAAGUGGAGAAGAGUGGUUGGGGUUUUGAAGGAACUCGAGCAGAGCUGUGAAACCACAGUGGGGAGGUUGAGGCAGGUCGUAGACGCUAUGGCUGUGGAGAUGCACGCAGGUUUGGCCUCUGAUGGUGGCUCCAAGCUCAAAAUGUUGCUCACUUUUGUGGAUAAACUCCCCAAUGGGAGCGAGAAAGGAACUUACUAUGCGCUAGAUCUUGGGGGUACUAAUUUUAGGGUCUUACGGGUUAAGCUAGAAGGCACGAGGUCCUCUACCUUGGAACAUGAUGUAUAUCGACAACCGAUUCCUCAAGAUUUGAUGACUGGCUCGAGCGAGGAUCUAUUUGAUUUUAUUGCUUCAUCGUUAAAGGAGUUUGUUGAAAGAGAAGGAGAUAUUUCUGAGCUUUCACUGGACAGAAGAAGGGAGCUUGGAUUCACAUUCUCUUUUCCCGUGAAACAAAUGUCUGUGUCAUCAGGCACUUUAUUAAAAUGGACAAAAGGGUUUUCCAUUGAAGACAUGGUUGGAAGAGAGAUUGCAGGAUGCUUAGAGAAAGCAAUGACCAGGAAAGGCCUAAAUAUGAGGGUCGCAGCACUUGUCAAUGACUCUGUGGGAUCAUUAGCACUUGGACAUUAUCACGACACAGACACUGUUGCUGCAGUGAUAAUUGGAACGGGUACUAAUGCCUGUUAUUUGGAAAGGACAGAUGCUAUAAUUAAGUCUCAAGGGCUUCUUACAACAUCUGGAGGCAUGGUUGUCAACAUGGAAUGGGGAAAUUUUUGGUCAUCUCAUUUACCAAGGACCGUGUAUGAUAUUGAAUUAGAUGCUGAUAGCCCCAAUCCGAAUGAUCAGGGUUUUGAGAAAUUGAUAUCAGGAAUGUACCUAGGUGAUGUUGUAAGGAGAGUGAUUGUCAGAAUGUCACAGGAGUCAGAUAUUUUUGACCCUAUUUCUUCCAAGUUAUCAAUGCCUUUUAUUUUGAGGACACCAUUGAUUGCUGCAAUGCAUGAAGAUGACUCUCCUGACUUGGAAGAAGUACGACGUAUCUUAAGAGAUAACCUGGAGAUUCCGGAUGUCCCUCUAAAGGUUCGAAAGCUCAUAGUCAAGGUGUGUGAUGUUGUGACCCGUAGGGCUGCUCGAUUGGCAGCUGCUGGUAUUGUGGGGAUCCUGAAGAAGAUUGGUCGGGAUGGGAGUGGUGGAAUCGCAGGUGGAAGAAGUAGAAGCGAUCAGAAAAUGAGAAGGACGGUUGUGGCAAUGGAGGGGGGUUUGUAUACAGGUUAUACAAUGUUUAGAGACUACUUACAUGAAGCAUUGACUGAAAUAUUAGGGGAAGAUAUUGCCCAACAUGUCAUAAUCAAGGUCACUGAAGAUGGAUCAGCCAUGGGAGCAGCUCUCCUGGCUGCUUCACAUUCAUCCUACCCUGUGGAUAGCGUACAGUUGCUAUAAAUAUAUAUAUUCAUAUAUACAUAUAGCCCCUGUAAAUGUAGAAUUCAUUUUCCAUAGUUGAUAUCUGUUUGUAUAAAGGGAAGGUUUGUCCAUAUUUUUCUCUAGUAAUUAUUUUUUCUAUA